AUGUUUUGCACUAUCUGUGGUAAUGAAAUCAAAACAGGACAUCAUUUUUGUUCUGUUUGUGGAAGGGCGACCAUGUUUGAAGAAAAGAGAGCAAGAACUGAUCGUUUACCAUCAUUCAGCAACAGCCAUAGUUUGACCAUGUUUGAAGAAAAUCGAGGUGAAGUACCAACAUUCCAACAAAUUAUGGAGAAAAAGAAGGGGCAAUUGGAUCAAAUUUCUAAAGUUAAAUCACUGGAAAGAGAAGAUAGAUUCAUGAAAAAAAAGAAGACUGAACUGGUGAAGGUAAUUGUGGUUAGUAAAUAAGUCCUAGUUAUAGUCACUAUAAAAGACUCCUCUAAAGCAGCAACAGUGAGGGCAUAUCAUCCCUAUUUUAAAGUCUAUGGGCUAAUGUAAUCUGUAUCAGUUUAAGCCAUACUAAAAUGAAGCAUGGAUCUUACAUUAUUGAGAGGACUAGUCAAAUUUUUUACAUCUGUACUGUCUUUUUCAUGACCCCUUUAGAUAAAUGUGGGUAUUGCCCAUUUGGUAAAGGGAGAAAUAAAAGCAAAAAGGAGCACUUUAAUGCCAGUAAAAGUUCCAAAAUCAGCCUCAAAGGGUAUCGUUCAGCGUACAGCAAUUGACAAGCACAUGGCCCACAACUGUAAUCUGCCCUGCAAUGAGGAGUGGCAACUUGUCUACCCAGACUUCCAAAAGGUUGACAACAUCCCAGGAACGAGUGAUUUUUUUACUGUCGAAAAGUAUAAAGAAAGUAUUGGAAAGUCGUAUGCAAGAGUCAAUCUAUUCCUUUGCAGAACAGAAGAUCUUCAAGGUAUUUAUAAUUACUUUUAA